CGUGUGUGUAUAACUGGAGGAAAUUGUUUCGCUGCUGCUGCUCCCCUCAGUGGAAAAUAUUAGACCGACCGGCACAUUUCCGAAGCACUACAAGAACAUCGUCCUUAUUAAACUGACAUUAAAUGUGCCGUCGACUCAUUUACGAUGGUCGGCCAUUAGCCGAUGUAAAGGCACGAUGUCUGAUCAGAUUAAUAUAAACGUUUACACAGGUACAGAGCUAGCAGGUUAGCUGGCGUCUACUGGGACUGCCAGCGGGCGACAAGGGAGCUGCUUCAUUUCCUCGUUUCUCGGAUCGGGAACAAAUCCAGCGGUUUGUCGGGACGCGCGUAUGUUUCGGUAUUACGGGGAACAUGGAGCUGUUUCAGGCUAAAGAUCAUUAUAUUCUCCAGAGCGGAGAUAACGCGCUGUGGUGCAGCAGGAAGGAUGGAUCUAUGGCCGUGAGACCGGCAACCGACUUGUUGCUAGCAUGGAACCCUGUCUGUCUGGGCCUUGUAGAGGGCAUCAUUGGAAAAAUGCAGCUUCAUGUUGAUCUUCCUCUGGGCCUGAUUCUGAUUCGCCAGAAAGCACUGGUGGGCCAGUUGCCAGGAGACCACAAAGUCUACAAGAUCACCAAGAUAGUAGUGAUUCCACUCUCAGAGGAUGAACCACAGGAUCUGGAAUUAGAGCUCUGUAAAAAGCAUCAUUUUGGAAUAAAUAAACCAGAGAGAAUCACCCAGUCACCGGAUGAAACCAAGUUCCUGAUGAAGACCCUGAGUCAGAUCAAAUCCAAUGUUGGCGCUCCCAUCAAGAAAAAGUAUUCCCCUGCCUUUCAGGUCAAAGAGAAUAAAGAGAAGGAGCGUCUGGAGAGGAGGCUGCUUGAUGAGCUCUAUAAGAUAUUCAUGGACUCGGAUUCUUUUUACUAUAGUCUGACCUAUGACCUCACCAAUACGGUCCAGCGACAGGGAGAGUUGGGCAAGUCAGAUCAGCCCCUGUGGAAAAGGGUGGAUGAUAGAUUCUUCUGGAACAAGCACAUGAUCAAAGACCUUGUAGACUUGCAGGCGCCUCAGGUGGACUUUUGGGUGAUUCCUAUCAUCCAAGGCUUCGUGCAGGUGGAGGAGCUGGUGGUGAACUAUAAUGAGAGCUCAGAUGAAGAGCGAAGCAGCCCGGAGACGCCUCUGCAGGAGCCCACCUGUGUGGACGACAUUCACCCUCGCUUCACCGUGGCCCUCAUCUCCAGGCGGAGCCGCCACCGUGCAGGAAUGCGCUACAAGAGGAGGGGGGUUGAUACAGACGGACAUGUGGCCAACUAUGUAGAGACAGAGCAGUUAAUCCACGUACACAGUCACACUCUGUCCUUUGUGCAAACGCGAGGCUCCGUGCCUGUGUUCUGGAGCCAGGCUGGGUACCGAUACAACCCCAGACCUCGCAUAGAGAAAGGAGAGAGGGAGACUAUGCCUUACUUUGCCUCUCAUUUUGAAAAGGAGGUUGAAACUUACAAAAAACUGGUCAUCAUCAAUUUAGUGGACCAAAAUGGACGUGAGAAGAUAAUUGGUGAUGCUUAUCUCAAACAAGUGUUACUGUACAACAAUCCCAACCUAACAUAUGUUUCAUUCGACUUCCAUGAGCACUGUCGAGGGAUGAAGUUUGAGAAUGUGCAGACCCUCACUGAUGCCAUCUAUGACAUUAUCACAGACAUGAGAUGGGCAUGGGUGGACCAAGCAGGAGUCAUCUGCCAACAGGAAGGCAUUUUUCGGGUGAACUGCAUGGACUGCUUGGACAGAACCAAUGUGGUACAGGCGGCUAUCGCCCGUGUCAUCAUGGAGCAGCAGCUGAAAAAGCUUGGUGUAAUGCCACCCGAGCAGCCACUGCCCCUCAAGUGCUACAGGAUCUAUCAGGUGAUGUGGGCCAACAAUGGAGACACCAUUAGUCGUCAGUACGCUGGCACAGCUGCCCUGAAGGGAGAUUUCACACGAACAGGCGAGCGAAAGUUAGCGGGGGUGAUGAAGGAUGGUGUGAAUUCAGCUAACCGUUACUAUCUGAACCGCUUCAGGGACGCCUACCGACAGGCCGUCAUCGACCUCAUGAUGGGCCAUCCCGUAACAGAAGACCUGUACUCCAUCUUCAGCAAAGAGAAGGAGCAUGAGGAGAAGGAGAAGGAGAGCCAAAGAGGAGCUCAGGAGCAGGUCAGUCUUCUGCUGCAGACCUACAUGCAACUGCUACUUCCUGAUGAUGAGAAGUUUCACGGCGGAUGGGCUCUAAUCGACUGUGACCCCAGUCUUAUAGAUGCUACUCACAAAGAUGUCGACGUUCUUCUGCUGCUCUCCAACUCUGCAUAUUAUGUAGCCUAUUACGAUGAGGAGGCGGACAAAGUCAACCAGUACCAGAGACUCAGUUUAGAAGGACUCGAAAAGAUUGAAAUUGGUCCAGAACCAACUCUAUUUGGAAAGCCUAAAUACUGCUGCAUGCGGCUGCACUAUAAGAAUGGGGAGACGAGUGGUUACUUUCAUACACUGAGAUCUGUCACACGAAAUCCAGAGGACGAUGGGAAAGACACACUCCAGUGCAUUGCUGAAAUGCUUCGAAUUACAAAGCAAGCUAUGGGGCUUGAUGUUCAGGUCGUUGAGAAGAAACUAGAGAGGAGACACAGCAAACCCCAUGAGGAUAUAAUGGGAAUACAAGGAAAAGCAGUGGACCAAGUCCUUGGGUCUGGAUUGGCUCAAGGCAAAAGUUUCUUUUUGAACAAGUUCUCAACGCUAAACCAGAAAGUGAAGCAGACGAAGACCAAUGUCAACAUUGGAAACUUCAAACCCUUGGGGAAACUGGGGACCUUCUCGAAGCCUGAGGUGAAAGUGAACUUCCUUAAGCCCAAUUUGCAUAUGAACCUCUGGAAAUCAGACAGCAGUUUAGAGACCCAUGAUAGCAAUACAGGUUCGGGAGCUCUGAAAGACCAUGGCCCACAUUCAGAAGAGAUUUCUUCUGAUUCCGAUUCCUACAACUCGGACGAGCAGCCAUGCUCAGGCUCUAGGGAAAACGUAGACUAUGUGCUUCCUAGCUGUGGAAUUGUAGCAUCAGCACCUCGGCUUGGCAGUCGCUCGCAGUCGAUUGGCAGCGUAGAGAUCGCUGUGCCUUCUGUCAUCCGAGUCACAGGCUGUGAUGAGAAGACUAUGGAUAGCUUGUCCGUUGCCGCAGAUCAGUCUCCUGGGGCCGCCUCUGAGGCCGAGGAAGCCAUUUUGAUUGACUUUGGGACGCCUAUCGAUGUUUACUGCCACCAAUUUGUACAGGAUGCCAAGACCAAACCAAUUGAGGUGUUUGAGGAAGUGGCUCCAGCACCCAAGCCACAAGGACCUCAAGUUCCCUUAGCUCCUGAUGCAAAACUAGGGUCUUCACAUUCUCAAAAUCAGCUUCCUCGCCCAUCUCAGCUUGAAGUGGAGUCAAAUGUCCAUGGGGCGAAUCUCCUGACUGUCCAGCCUGUGGGCUCCGCAACAUCAUGUGGAUCACAAAAGAGUCUAGAAGGCAUCACAGGACCCUCUUCAGCGGACAGCAAUGGAAGCCGUGUUGUGUCUCCCUUUGCGAAAAUCAGGAGCUCCAUGGUACAGGUGGCUAGUUUAACCCAGGCCGGACUUACCCAAGGCAUCAACUUUGCUGUGGCGAAAGUACAGAAAAGCCCAGAGCCAGACGCUGUCAAUGAAACCCAAGAGAACGAAUUGCGAGCAAUGUUUACACAGUGCCAGACCAGGAUCAUUCAGAUAUAGAGCGCUUGGCAGAUGCAUAUUUAGCGUUAGAUCGUAACUUCCAGUACAAUAACGGUAGCAUAAGCUCACUAAUGUCAAGUCGCACUCCCAGUUUCACCACCUCCAUUUAACCUAACCAAAGUUUACAGCCAGUGUUGAGUAACUAGUAUGUCUAAGAUUAAUCCAACAGUGCCCCAGAAUCCAAGUCAAACCCUAAACAUCAUAUAUACAUCACUGGUUUGCAUGUUAAGUAGGUAACUCUUGAGGUAGAUUAGGACAGGCAAGUUUUAUUGCAUGUCAAGACCCAAGACCUAGAUAUGUCAUGUUGAACCCAUUUGUGCAGUACAGGUCACUGGCUGUUGUAGCUGUAACGAAAUCCUUUCCCAACUGAAAUAUCUGUCUGUGGGCAGCUUAAUAUUACAUGUUAGAUACUCGGACCGUACAGUUAUAUUUAUGGAUAUCUUUGAUGUGGUGUUUGUCAUAAAUUAUAUCCCAAAAUAGGACCACAAUAUUUGUGUAGGAUCAAUGGUCAGACUUAUUAUUCAACUGUAAGUAUUAUAUGUAAGUACUGUAGCAGUUUCCUUUAGAACUCUGCAAUUAAGAGGUUUAUAGAUGGAAGAUUAUAUUUACACGUGUUUGAGUUCAUAAUCAUAGCUGAAGGAAGAUGUCUCUAGUUCAAUUGGGCGCUGUUGAUGUAAUCAUGCUAUUUGGUCAAACGAAACAUUUCUUAGCAUUAGCGGGCGACUAAGAUGGACAUUGUUUGUUUGUCCGAAGUCUUAAAUGUUUUUUUUUGUUGUUGUAAAUGGUGGGAUAAUUGAACAAUGGUCGGCUGUUAUCUUUCAAAGCUCUGCUCGUACAUUGGGGGAAUAUUUUUAUGCAGAUUGGACCUGUUUUAAGCACCUCUUAAAACCUAAAAACAGUUAUUUGCAUAACUUAUGACGAUUAUUUGACACCAGUCCGACGCAAGGUACCCAAGACAAACAUCAUUUUGCACACUUAAAGGCAAGAGCAAGCCUUACCAGAUUGCUAAAUGCAGGUUUUCGACAAGUCUACCUAUGAACCGGUUUUCAUUCAGGUUACAUUUAUGUUUCGUCUAUGCCAUGUCUUUAGAUUCGCUCUGACUUGAAGGUCGUUGGGUUCAAAACGGGGAAGCGAAAGGGAUUAGAUCAUCUUUUGAGGUGGCCUUACCCCAUUUAUUCAAGAUGUAGAAAGAACAUUACUGGAUGGUGUCCAGUAGAUCCUAGUUUAAUUAUGCAUUACUUCAUGUCAUUUAAGUGCAGAUCUUGUGGGAUUGAUCUUUGUGCGUCAGAAGACUAGUUCAAUAUCUUGCGGGCUACAUAAUAUCAGGAGGUCUGAAUAAGACACUGUGAUCUCACACUGAAAUCAAUGAUAACCUUGUAUUCUUUGGGCCAGAGUUAAUUUUUCGAACACGCCGUUACGCUUUUCACGCACAUCAUUUCUUACUCGUCUUCAUUUCACAUGUACUGUAGCAUUGUGUAACCCACUGCCUUGCACAGAACUUUAUGCUGUUGCAUUGCGUGCACAUUCAGACAUUCCUGAAGCUGGUACGUGGUUUUAAUAACCUUCCAAGAUUGGAACUGUCUGAGCUUUAAUAUAUGGUGGCUGUUAUGCAAUGUGAUAAAUACAUGUGCAUCAGCGGUUUUGGUGGGAAGCUGACUUUUGUUACUUUUAUUAUUUUGUUUUUUAACUAUUUAAGACUGCAUGCACUGGACUGCUUUCAACUUAAGAUGAGGGUUUUCGCUGACCAACAUUCCUCUUGUUUUGGUAUUGGGGUUAGAUUGUUUUUGGUUAUGUAUAAAAGUUUCAUUUUCUAUGCAUAUAAAGACUUGCACUGUUCCUGUGGUCCAUUCCCCCAACAUCUUAAUGUUGCAACUUGUCACAAAGUGCUUUUGAAUCCACUUAUUUUCAAUGUUUGUAACCGAACUGACAUGUCUGUUUUGUCUUACGUCUCGUUUCUUAAGCACAUCACUUCCAGCCUCUUCCCAUUCGAGAGAACGUCCUCCAUCCUGUUUUGUGAAUCGUUUAUCAUUGUAUCUAACAUUUUAUUGCAGAAUAUUUAUUCAGAAUUAAUGUUCUCAUGCUUAUUUCCCAGUAUUUUCCUAUGUUAAUAACAAUAAUGUGUAAACUGCUGUAUUUUAAAAUGUUAUGGGAUGUACGUGGGAGGCUUUUUAAGUAAAAUAUUUUAAAAAAAGAAGCUGUUGUUUGGAUUAGUUUGUAGCUUGAUUAGAAUACAAGUUUACUCAGCUCACAGUAAUGUGUCUCCUUCUAGGAAAGACCUCUUGUACCCAGAGCUACAUUAAAUUGCAUUCUUAGCAUUCAAAUGCAGAGUGAGAGGUUUGUGGAUCCUUCAGUCAGGUUAUAACAGAGGAAAAAUCUGCUGUUACAUUGCCCAAGACAUUCAACAUCAACGUGUUAGCACUAGAGUUUUGCUAUUUUAAACCAUGCUGACAAGCCUUCUUGUAAAGCUUUUCAUUUACAGUCAUACAACAUUAUAACUCGGCUGAUGUUAUAUUUAUUAAUGUCACAUUGACCUCAUUUCAGUAAAACUAUAAAGGCAAAGUUUUCAAAACUUUAUUUUCCUAAUACCCUUGUGCCAGAAGUGUACAUAUUUGCUGUAAGGCAGUUAUACAUUGUUACAUGUCUACAUAUUUGUAUAAAUGUUAAUAUACAAGGCAAGUAUGAAAAACUAAAUAAUGCAAAAAUCGACUUCACCAGUGUCUAAGUUUUCCCAAAGGUUUAAAAUGUAGUAAAAAAAACGAACU